AGAGCAUUGCAGAAGGGAAAAAAAAAUUGACUUAGAAAAAGCAAGAAUCUGCUCAUGUAACGGCUGAAACUAGGAGUAAAGAAAGCAGAAAAGUUGUACCAAGAAACAAGCAUUUCAUGAGCUGCGCUGCUUCUACGCUGGCCGUUUCAGACAGAUCUUCCCUCGUCUCUUAUUGUUAUUAGUAUAUAUCCACAGCACGAUACUAUGCAUAUUAGCAUAGUAAUCGAUUUUAGCCAUUAUAGAUCAAGUAAAACUGGUGAAGAUGAGCUCAAAGAAUGCUGUCCACUGGCUUCUCAUCUGGCAUUUUAUCGCCACUUUUGUGAUUCUCCAGUGCUCAAGCCAAGUGGUGGGUGAAGAAUCACAGGUUCCAGCCAUGUUUGCCUUUGGAGACUCCUUGAUUGAUGAUGGAAACAACAAUUACCUAAGCUCCAUUGCGAAGGCCAAUUACUACCCUUAUGGGAUUGAUUUCUUUCAAGGGCCUACAGGGAGAUUUUGUAAUGGGAAAACCGUAGUAGAUGUCUUGUGUGAUCUUCUGGGUCUUCCAUAUCUCCCACCAUACACAAGUCCUGGCUUGAAUGGAACGAGAUUGCUUGGUGGAGUGAACUAUGCUUCAGCAGCCGGGGGCAUCCUUGAUGAGACCGGCCAAUACCUAGGAGAGAGGUUUAGCCUAAAUCAGCAGGUGCUGAACUUUGAAAACAACUUAAAUGAACUGAAGACACUGAUGGGUGGUGAAAGAAACCUGAGCCAAUACCUUGCAAGGUCCAUCGUGGUGAUGGUUUUUGGCAGCAACGACUACAUCAACAACUACCUUCUGCCACCUCAAUAUGCUACCAGCUACAACUACACCCCCGAGGAGUAUGCCAACCUCCUCCUCAACCACUACACCAGACAGAUACUGGCACUAUACAGCGUAGGUCUAAGGAAGUUUGUCCUGGCAGGAGUGGGGCCCCUAGGAUGCAUCCCCAACCAACGGGCCUCUGGGCUCACCCCAGCUGACCGAUGUGUUGAUCAGGUAAAUCAGAUGGUUGGUCUCUUCAAUGUGGGACUGAGAUCACUGGUCCAACAGCUGAACACUGAUCACCCAGGGGCAAUUUUUGUAUAUGGCAACACAUAUGGUGCUCUUGGAGACAUCCUCAACAACCCAAGCACUUAUGGUUUCACGGUUGUUGAAAGGGGUUGCUGUGGGCUGGGAAGGUUCCAGGGGCAGAUCACCUGCCUUCCAUUUUCUGUUCCCUGCCUCAAUAGGAGCCAACAUAUCUUCUGGGAUGCUUUCCACCCAACACAAGCUGUGAACUUAAUCCUCGGACAAAGGGCAUUCACUGGACCUCCUAAUGACAUGUACCCAGUCAACGUGCAGCAGCUGGCUCAACUGUAAUUGAAGGAACUUUCUAUAUGGUUUUUCUACUAGUAUUAAGUAUGCUGAAAUAUAAAGCAGAAGCAGUAUCUAUUUGAAUGUUUGUUUGGUUGCAUAUAUAAAAUAUAUUCAUGCGAGUUAACAGCUAGGACUGUGUGAAUCAGAACAAUGUUGCUUGGUACCUCUUAUUUCACAGUGUAAAAUACCAGAAACUCCAGUAUUUUUGGAAACUUCAUUUCUGAGUAGACUGUCUAACUUCAAGAAGUCAUGAAAUGCAUGUUGUCUAGUUUCAAAUAUAUAACUAAUUUUUUACUCUUAUGCAUGUGUUUAAAUGUGCAUUUGCAAUGAAAUCAUCUAGUCGUAUGCAUAUUUUCUAGUGUAUAUUAACAACUUAACAUUAUAAAACAGCAACUACUCAAACAGUAGAUAAAUAUAUCAUGGAGAUUUUUCCCUUACACAGCCUGUUGUAUGAAUCCUUGUACUCAAGGACAAAAAAUAGCGUCACUUGACACUAUUGUAUCCAAUGGAGCAGAUAAUAGGCCCAAAAAUUGCAGUGUACCGAUGAUCAAGAUGAGUAUUAACAGAGAACUCACUAUAGAGUGUCGCCGGCAAUACCUCAGAAAAAAGAUCAUCUCAGAGACUUAAUUUUAAGAUCUACGCAGAAUUUCAAUUGCACAUUGUUUAAUCUUUUACCCUCCAACAAAUGAAAAGGCCUUUUUUAGCCUUUUCUUCUGUUUCUGCCUGUGGCUUUCAGUUGUUAUUGACAAAAAAUCUCAGACACUGGGACUGAACGAUAAAAUGAAAAAAAAAAUGUUCUUUGGUGUAGUAUACCAACACAGCUCUCCCAGUGAUAGUAACAAAACUAAGAGGAAUUGAAUUUAGAAUGGCAGGUCUUGGAUUUCAUAUACAAUUGGAACAACAAACAAAUAUAACAACACAAGUUAAUCAAAUAGAAGCUUAAAUUGGUAAAAUAAAAGGGAUGUAAAGUUAAGCUGAAUAGUGAGCAAUGGGCUUCUACGCACUAAGAGAUCUUCACGACAAAAGUCAUGAUAUGCAAAAGUUUUCUAUGGUAUUAAUACACUUAUUAAUGUGGUAUUUAUGAUUUUUCUUCUGUAAUAUUACAUUAUAAUAAUAUGUGCAAGGGUAUGGUUUAAAUAUGAAAUGUUUCCGAAUUCAGUCAAAUGCAUUUCCCAAACAAAAAAAGCAGGAAGUAAACCAAUAAUCAUGUCAGCUAGAAGAUAGCAUUCCUAAUAUAUUUUAUGGUUAUCCAUUUAGCUGACCUGCAAAGACUCCGAAGCAAAAUAAUUUAAUUGGAAAUCACUAGUCACAGGAACCUGGCACAGUCAUUUUCGGCAGUUUACCACUAGAAUAAAGAAGUUGAAUAAGGAUUUGUUUUUAACUAGACAGCUUAAACUUCUAAACCGCUUAUGAACUACAAUGCCAUUAAGAGUUAAGAAUAAUGACUUCGAUACCUUAGAACAAGAGUAUGAACCUUAACUAAAAAGAAUUAUAGAUGAAGGUAUAAACCAUCGAAACUUGUGCAUUCCUCCAAGCAACUUGCAACAUUAACAUCAAAUUAAAUUCCUGGCAAGACAACUUCGUGUAAAGGGGUGACCCACCAUUAACAUCAAAUUAAAUUCCUGGCAAGAAUUUUUCUAAUCAAUGCCCUCAUCAUGGAGAGUAUCUAGGGCUAAUCCAAUUUUGCGUCACUAUCCCUCUUUGCCUACACGCCAAAAGAAAAGAAAAACGAUCUUUUUAACAGUAGAAUGUAAUCGUCAGGCAGGGUCUCCAGUUGAUACAAAAAAUAAACAGAUUCACUUCCCUUGUUUGAACCGAAAGAAUGGGGGGAAAAAUAAAUUAAUUAAAGAGCACAACUUUAUGUCCUAAUCAAAUAAAAUAUGCCGAUUUUCAGCUUUUACCUUCAAAUUUACCCAACAGUUAAGACAUUGAGAAGAAGAAGAAGAGCAU